UGGAAUGGUCUAGCGUUUUAGCGCGCUGGAGGGUUUGGUUUUUCAGGACGUGAAUUUAACCAGGGGCUGAUUGGUGCGGAAGGGAAUGUUCAUAUUUAGUGGAUCUCUCAUAAAAUAUGAAAUGUUUCAUAAUAUAAUACACUAGAAACAAAUUUAACCAGAGAUAUAAAUAGAAAUGUUUAUCUACUGCCUACUGCAUAAAAGGACGUGACCCAAAAUUUUUAUGACACUCUUCAUAUCUAAUUCUAUUUAGAAUGUGGCAGAUUGCGGUCGUCUUAUUCGGAGUGGCUAAUGCCGUCCAGGUUGACUUUCGUCCAUACGACCACUCCGCUGAACUUCUCUUCAAUGGUUCCGACUUCAACCACGAUCACAUUUUCUCACGCCAGGAGUUAGAACAGGAGUUUCAAAAAUACGAUGCCGAUGGUGAUGGACGUGUUUCCCGCCAUGAAUAUACCACGUAUGUGACAACUUCAGUUCCUGAACUCCAUGAUUUUGCACAUGCGCUCUACGAUGACUACGAUGUGUCUGGUGACCACCAUUUAGAUCAUCAUGAUUAUGAUAUGUACUACGCUAAACUGGACGCUGACUCGGAUGGAUCUGUCACGCGCCAAGAAUUUGUGGACUAUUGGGUGAAGUUGUUUCAAGCUACAGAGCACCUUCACGGUCACGGUCAUAGCGGUCACGGCUGAGUGAACAUAGUUACGAAAAUAAAAACAUGCACAAAUCUG